AUGAAGCCCAUCACGCUCUACACCGUCGGCACGCCUAACGGCAAGAAGGUCAGCAUCUUCCUCGAGGAGCUGAAGGCGGCAUACCCCGACUUCGAGUACGAGGUGUACGCCAUCGACUUCAGCAAGAACGAGCAGAAGGAGGAAUGCCAUGCGCUGACACCGUCCUCCACGUUCCUGAAGCACUCGCCCAACGGCCGCAUUCCCGCAAUCUACGACCCCAACCACGACCACUCCGUCUUCGAGACGGCCGCCAUCCUGCUGUGGCUCGAGAAGAAGUACGACCCGGAGCACAAGUUCAGCUGGGGCAGCGACGAGCCGAAUGGCGAGAAGCUGCGCAGCCAGGCGCUGCAGUGGAUCUUCUGGGUGCACGGCGGUGUCGGCGUGAGUGCUGCGGCUGCCAACCACUUCGUGCGCUACGCGCCCGAGCAGAUCCAGUACGGCAAGGACCGCUACAUCAACGAGACGAAGCGCCUCUACGGCGUGCUCGAGAAGCACCUCGAGGGCCGCGACUGGCUUGUGGGCGAGGGCAAGGGCAAGUACAGUAUUGCCGACUGCAACGCCUACCCCUGGUUGCACCUGCACGCCUGGGCCGGCGUGCCGCACUCCGACGUGGGCCCCAACGUGCGCAACUACAUUCUGCGCAACUGGGAGCGCCCCGCCGUGCGCAAGGGCAGCCUCACAGCCGCAUCGCCGCCGUCAUCGACCGAUUGCGUGCUCUCAACCGGCAGGUUCCUGACCAAGCUCUUAGAGAGCGACUUUGAGGCCAAGUACGCUGACGAGAUCAACAAGAAGGCCGAAGACGCAAAGAAGUGGGUGCAGAAGGGCAUGAAGGACGACGCUGCGAAGAAGUAG